AAAGAUGAAUCAGAUAUUACGUCAGACGUCUUCUCUGCUCAACGUCACAGUGGAAUCGACGGCAGAGUCCUGUCCUACAGGCACCAUCCUAACAGAGAUAAAAGGUCAUGUAUGCGGUUGUUACCUUGCAAGACUCAGAUGAGUUGAUGGUGGUACCAUCAGAUUGGUUGAGCUUAGACAAGAGACACUGUUACUGGCCUCCAUUCAAAUCCAUAGAGAAGUGUAUGGAAGCUGUUCAGAACAAACUUUACCCUGAAACAGAAGGCAAACCAUGGGAGAAACUACGCAUUAUCUUUCUCGGAGAAUAUGGCACUUUUGAGAAGGCAAAAGAGGGGCUCAAAGAAUAUGAAGAAUGGUCAUAUCCAUUAGAGACUGUAUUACCUGGAAUAAAAAGAGAGGGACUUGAUAGCACUCAAGGAAUGUCAAAUAAUCAGCUACAACCACUUCCUCCAGAAACACCUGCAUCUCCAUCCAGAAUGUCAGCUGAUGACAAGGUUGAAAUACUUCAAAUGAUGAGAGACGUCAAGAGCAAUGUUCAGCAAAACUCUUCCAUGUUAAAAAAAAUACUCAAAGACAAUACAGUUUCCGAAGGCCCCAGUAGAACAUUUGUGCCUUCAAAAACCCUAAAACUGCCUCUUAGAACCUUUGAAGAUGUGGACAGGACUGAAAUGGAGCUCAAGAACACAACAACAUGCAAAAAAUAUGUAAAAUAUUUGUCAAGGCUUGGAGGUUUUAUUCCCAAGGACGUGGUUAAGAAUAUUAUGCAGCAAGUCUUAACAGAUGAUCUGGUUGUGCAGUUCAACUGGGUGGGGAGAGGAGAUAAAAAGGCCUUCUCUCAACUUAUUUUAACAGAUGUGAUCCGAGAUGCUGCAUUAGCCCGAAAUGUAAACAGGGGUCACUGUGAAACUGAAAUAAAAAAUUAUCUGAGAUGCGCAGCUGGUCGGAAGAAACUAAGAGAAAAAAAGGAGGUUUUGGGCAUGAAAUUCCAAAUGGAAUUUCUACCUCAAUGACGGACAACCAGACAGAGAGGGAAAUACCUUGGAACUUUUUUUAAUAAUUAGUUUUUGAUAGGGAUGCACUGAUACUACUUUUUGAUGAACAAGGUCGAUACCAAUAUAAAGUACCGAUCCCUGUAUUUUCAUUUGUUGGCUUUGUUCAUUUAGCAAAUGAUAUACAGUAUCCUUCAGUUAUUUUCAUAAUUAUGCUCAUUAAAAUAUAUUCUACAUAAACAUUUUCUGAUAUUUAAGUCGCAUUUUUAUUUUUU